GAAUAAGAUAAUUAGCUGAGCUGAGUUGAGUUGAGUUGAGUUGCUUGAGUCAGUGGGCGUUGUUGUGAUGGUGAGUGAGUGGGUUUGUUGUUCAUCGAAUCAAAGCCCACUGAUUCCCAUGCACACGUCUCUUUAUAAUCAGACCAAUAACCCUCUUUCUCAUCGCACGAGCUGCCUUUUCUCUCUCUCUCUCUCUCUCUCUCUCCAACUUUUGUCUAUUUUUCAGGACUCGUUGUGAGAGAAAAAAACUGAAACUGAAAGUGGGGUUUUGAUAUAAGAAGAGUUAAAUUUGUUUUUUCGUAUUUUUUUUGGGAGUUUUUGUUGUUAAAUGGUCUGGUCUUGUAUUCUUGUUUGUAUGUAAAGGUUGAAUCUUUUUCUUCUUUCAGAAAUUUUUUUGUUUUCUUAAUGAUAGGAUCAAAUUUGUCCGUGGUGGGCGAAGGAAAAUUUCUAGUAAAAGGACAUUUAUUAAAGUUAAAGAAGAGGUGAAAAGCAGAGACUAAAAGAGAUGGCUUUAACAAAAAUACAAAAAAACUUCUUGUUUCUUCGGUCUGUGUUGCUGUGCAGUCUGUGCUGAUGCAUUUGCUGGUCUGCUCUGUUCUGUGACUGAGUGAUUCGUCCUGAGAAAAUUGGGAAGAAAGUGCGAGACAGUCGGGGAAAAAGUAAAGCUUUUUCAGUUUUAUUUUCUCCCACCAUCCAUUUGAUUAAAUUUCUCAACUUUGUAACAUAGUAUAUAGUUUGAUUCUCUCAAAGGUGGCUUUUGUUGUGAAUUACAAGAAUUAAAUCCAUGGCUGUUUCUCUGUAACAGCUUCAAUCUUUCAGUGGGGUUAUGCAAAUUUCUGUGUUAAUGGCAGACAAUGGCUCUCUUCCAUCGCGCACCACAGAAAAGAAAAGAAAACUCACUUCAUUUCCGAGAUUAUUCACUGUUUUAACCAAGGGUAUUUCUGAAACUGAGGCUUCUGCAAUGAGCCCAACUUCAAUUCUUGAUAUUAGCAGCAAGCGAUUUUCUAUUCUCAAGAAACCUGAAGCUAGGCACAAAUUGGACUGCAAAGGAAUUGGUCUUGCCAUUGUUGAUGUUCUUGAAGAUGUGAAACCAGACUGUAAAGAGUCAAAAUCUGAGACCCGAAUGGUUCAUUUCGGGUCACAGCUAAAGAUCCAAAUCCCUUCUCAAUUGGGUUCUUUUUCCUCUCUCUCUCCAGCAAAAAGUUCAGCUGUUGGCUCAGUGAAUUCGUCUCUGGAGACCCCAAAUUCUCCUCGAGUUUUCACCGGUUGUCUCUCUGCCUCUGAGAUGGAGCUCUCUGAGGACUACACUUGUGUCAUUUCUCAUGGACCAAAUCCAAGAACUACUCAUAUUUUUGACAAUUGCAUUGUUGAAAGCUGCUGUGGCGUUACUGGGUUCUCUCCCCUGAGAAAAGAAAACAACGGCAUCACUGCUGCUAUUAAUCGGAUGAACUGCCCAUCUGAAAAUUUUCUCAGCUUUUGUUACACUUGCAAGAAGAAUCUUGAACAGGGAAAAGACAUUUACAUUUACAGGGGAGAUAAAGCAUUUUGCAGCUGUGAAUGCCGUUUCCAGGAGAUGAUGGUGGAGGAAGGAGUGGAUCAAUUGGACCCAGUUUGAGUCAUAAAUUUUUCGCAUCAAUUGAAGGCAGAUUAUUGGAUGAAGAUGGUUCUACAUUGAAAAAGUCUUAAGAUAAUUGAUUCUGGUUGUGUAGAUUUUUAUUCCCUUAGUUACUUUACACUUCUUCUGAAGCUCCUUGUAGAGGCAGAGGAAUUGAAGUCCUGCUAAAGAAUUGCAGUGUUUAUGAAUUUCUUCAAGGGAUAAUUAGGGAUUGCUGGUGGGUUUCACCCACAGUUUUUGUCUCUCAAAGACUUGUGUACGAGUAAAAUUUACUUUUUACCUUUUUCUUAUUCUUUUUUAUUUAUACCAUGGGUAUGAAAAUCGGAUUGAUCA